AUGAAAAUUCUUCUCUAUAUCUGCUUGAUUUUUGCCUAUAGCCAAGUUGGACUGUCCCAUUAUCGAUAUCCAUUUUAUGGACUAAGUGAUGAUGCUGGUACAACACCUAGGAUUGAUCAAAUCUUCAUUGGACGCUGUUCAGAUUAUCAAGCAUCACAUACUAUGGAGCAUGAGGUCGAUUGCCAUGAAUUAUGGAUGACAUUUUCUAGCGUUUUCGCUAAUUUAGAUCCUUGCAAAGUACAAACGGCUGGCUAUGAUAAAUUCAUAGAGAAAUCAUCUGUGCCAAUUCCUCAAGAUGGCUCAGUAUUCUGGUCCGGAACAUAUGAUUUCACACAUAGUUACGUAAAAACUGUUGGAAAUUUAUAUACACUCGAGGAUGUUUUACCGGGAUAUUUAGUCAAUAGCUUAACAUGGUGUGGCCAAGAAAAAUCUCCUGGCAUCAACUAUGAAACUUGCUCAGAUCCACAAGGAUGUAAUAAGAAUAAUACAUACGAUUUCUGGGCAAAAAUGUCGACUUGGUUUGCUAAAAGUGCCAGUGGGUCUGUUCAAGUGAUACUAAAUGCAGGCCGUGAUCCAGCUUUCGCAUCAGAUAGCUUCUUCGCCAAAUUUGAAUUGCCCAAUCUCCCACAUGAUAAAGUAAAUAAAAUAGAGAUUAUUGUUGUUCAUGGCAUCGACGGUAAAGAUAAUCCAAAGUGUGGUUCAGGUUCAAUAAAAGAAUUGCAGAGUCUGAUAGAACAGUACAACUUCGCUUGGACCUGUGCUGAUAAUCCAGGGUUAAUUAUUAUAUUUACAUUUCGUUUUAAUUUUUACCUUACUUAUCAAAAAGAAUAG